CGUGGCAAAAUAUAAUUGUCAGCUGACAUUUAUCAUUGAUGCGUCAUUUUUUGCGAUAAGAUAUUUAAAUUUGUUAUCAUUUAUUCAUCUGUUUCAAACGGAUAAACAAUCAGAAAAUUAAUCUCAAAUCAGCUGUUAGAGCUUGGACAUCUUUCCUUUGCUGUUCAUCGCAUUCCAGAAAAGCAUUUUUUUCUUAAUUAUUCACAAAACCGAUCAUCGUCCAACCAAAUAACAAAAAUGGCUUCAUUGAACAAAGAAGAAAUCGCUAGAUAUAGUCGCCAAAUGCUGUGUCCAGAAAUUGGGAAAAGUGGUCAACUUCGUUUGAAAUCCAGUUCAGUUCUCGUAGUUGGUGCCGGUGGUCUUGGUUGUCCAUCAUCCUUGUAUUUAACUGCAGCUGGUAUAGGCAGAUUAGGAUUGAUUGAUAGCGAUGUUGUGGAAACUAGUAAUUUACAUCGACAAACAUUGCAUUCUGAAUCUACAAUUGGACAACCUAAAACAGAUUCGGCUGUAGAUCGUCUUCGACAAUUGAAUUCAAAUGUCAAAUUUGAAAAACAUCAAGUUCGAUUAUCAGCUGAAAAUGCGGCUGAAAUUAUUACAAAUUAUGAUAUUGUGAUCGAUGGUACUGAUAAUCCUAUGGCUCGGUAUCUUAUAAGUGAUGUUUGCGUUCUUCUUAAAAAACCAAUGGUCAGCGGUUCUGCUUUGCAAUGGGAAGGUCAAUUAACUGUCUACAAUUAUGAUGAAGAAACUCCUUGUUACCGGUGCCUUUUUCCUCAACCACCAGCUCCUGGAACUGUGACUAAUUGUGCUGAUGGUGGUGUCAUUGGUGUCGUGCCUGGAAUUAUUGGAAAUAUUCAAGCGUUAGAAGCUAUCAAAAUAGCUGCAGGAUUGAAACCUUCAUAUGCGGGAAAAUUGUUGCUUUUUGAUGGUCUCAGCGGCCAAUUUCGAAAAGUUGAACUUCGAAAACGAAAAGAUGAUUGUAUAAGCUGUGGAAAUAAUCCGACUAUCACCAAUGAAUUGAUCGAUUACAAUAAGUUUUGUGGAAUCCAAUGCGGUUCAGCUAAAAAGCAGGAAAUUAUCGACCCAGAAGAAAGAGUGACCGCAGAACAAUAUAAACAAGUUAUUGACUCAAACGAACCACAUUUGUUAAUAGAUGUUCGUCCACAACUGCAUUACGAUAUUGUUAAAUUAGACAAUGCAAUUUCCGUUCCUCUUGGUCAGAUAAUCAAAGGAAACGGUGUUGACAAAAUUACUGAAUUAAUUGACGAAAAAUGGGAUCCAAAUUCUAAUGAAAAAAAGAAAAUCUUUGUCAUGUGUCGACGUGGUAUAGCAUCGCAAAAGGCUGUUGUUGAACUAAAAAAACGACUCGGUGCAAAAAUUGAUGAAAAAAAUCUUGAAAUUAAAGAUGUUAAAGGCGGUAUCAGCGAAUGGGCUGAAAAGAUUGAUCCAGAAAUGCCAACUUUUCUACAUAUAAUCAACACUGAAGAUGAUUACAAUAAUCAUUUUCGAAUAAAUCAAACACAAAUACUCAAUGAUCCUAUACAAAUUGAUGAUAAAUAUGAAAAUCUCUUCUGGUUUAUUCAUAUUUCCGAUACUCAUUUAAGUUAUUAUCGUGAUCAAAGCCGCAAAACUGAUCUGGUUGAUUUUUGUCGUUCAGUGAUACCGAUUAUUAAACCUAGUGUCCUUGUAUUGAGCGGUGAUAUUACCGACGCUCGAACCAAGUUACCACUUGGAUCUGAACAGUAUCGUGAUGAAUGGAUCAUGUAUCAGGAUGUUCAUGAACAAUGUUUGAAAGCAAAUCCUGAUUUGAAAUGGCUUGAUAUCAAAGGAAAUCAUGAUACCUUCAAUUCUUACAAGAAUCAUAAUAAUUUCGAUAAUUUCACUGUCCAAUCAAACAUGUCAUCCGAUGGUCGGUCUUAUCUUUAUCAAUACCAAGCUACUGAUGGAAAUCGUUAUUCAUUCAUCGGCGCUGAUGCAUGCCUUAAACCUGGUGUUCGUAGACCCUUCAAUUUUUUGGGGCAAUUUGAUGAGAAUGAAUUGGAUAAAUUAAGAAAAUUUAAACAAGAUAGUCUCAACACUACUUACACUAUAUGGUAUGGCCAUUAUCCAACCGCUGCCAUCUUCAAUCGCGAUAGUUUUCGUGAAAUCAUUAAUGGCCCUUAUUUAUGUGGUCACUAUCAUACUAUUCAUGGAUUGGUGCCGAAUAUGAUCACUACACAACAGCAAGGAUAUCUUGAAGCUGAAACUGGUGAUUGGAAAGAUUAUAGAAUCUUUCGAAUCGUCGCCAUUGAUCAUGGAUUAUUCACAUUUGCAAAUUACUAUUACCGACCGCAUCAACAGCAACCAUUGAUCGUUAUUACUAAUCCUCGUUCUAUUCUUCAUCAGAUGGAACACUUGGAACCAUUCUGGCGGACAGCCAAUUCGACCCAUAUACGAACACUAAUUUUUUCGCACAGACCAAUAAUCAAUGUCAAAGCUUAUAUAACAAAGCAGCAAAAAUUUAAUCCGAAUGAAUUUGUUGAAAAAUUUGAAUUAAAACAUGUUCAUGGUUAUCUUUGGGUAAGCCCUUGGUCACCGAAAAAAUACGCUAGUGGAUUGUAUUUUAUAACUGUAAUAACAUCGGAUGAUCAUUAUUCUAAUCAAUUGACUGUGCCGUUUUCGUUGGAUCGUUCCAAGUCAGAAUUUUCAUUUUUGGCUCGAUUAUUAUUGCGAUUUGAUUUUCGUACAAUUACCAUGUUUUUGUAUUCCUGGAGUUUCUUAAUAGCUACAUUACCAUUAAUUUUUCUACGAAUUUUCACAUCAAAUGAAGAUAAUUAUAUCAAAUAUAUGUGCAAUCUUUCUCGACGUCGCUAUAUACGCAAAGUUGUUUUCAGAUUAUUUUUGCUUUCACAUCAGGAUAAAUUAUUCUAUCCGAUCAUAAUAUUGCCAUUAUAUUCAUUAAUUGGUCCUUGGUUUCUGGCAUAUUUGGUUUCUGAUUAUGUCGGUAUAGUGUUUGCCUGGGGUCAAUUUAUUGAUGGAUAUUUUCUUCCAGUUGGUUUUACAUUUGUUUUUUCUGCAAUUUUCAUUAUGAUUUUCCAUUUACCAUUCAUGGUUUCUUUGUCAAUUAUUGUCUAUCUUCGUUAUGUUGAAAUCGAAACUAAUGAUCAAAAUGGCAAUGAACAUACAGAUGAAAGUCCAAGAACAAGAAAAAGAAACUUGAAUCGAAUAUUUAAAAAAAUGUAUUUCUACGCUCUAAUCUGUGUAAUUUUAACUGCUUCUCAGUUCUGCGCUGCCCUUAUCUUUUAUUGGGCUUAUGGUUUUUUGGCUUUUAUCACGAAUUUUUAUGUAUGGUCUUGUCCGGUUUAUUUGAUGUUGAUCAGAUUUGCACUAAAUCUCGAUGGCCAUGAUUUCAAACCAAUGCAAAAUAAAACCACAUAUCAAUCUUGUAGUACUAGGGAUAAUAUUGAUGAACAAAAUUGAGAAUCAUUCCAAUCUCCCUUAUUUCCUUAUUAUUUUGUAUUAUAUUUUUGUCUCGAAAAUGACCAAAUUUCCUGGGCAAAAUUUUUAAAGUUUUAUUACCUGUUUUAGCCAUAAAUAAUAUCCAUCUUUUAUUUA